CUGCCUGCCCCUCGCUUUUCCCCCUCCCCUCCCUCGCUCGCCGCAUUAUAAAAGCGAGCCGCGUAUCUUGAUGCACCUUCUUCCUUCUCCGUCCGUCAAGGGCUCAAGGCUAGCUAAUCUAUAUAGCGUGUCUCCUGCCCAGACGCCGGUGAAGGUGCAGAAGAGUGGCCCCGGGGCCCGGGCCGGCCGUGUGCCCCUGCGCUGGUCGAGAAGAUGCGUGCCGGUGGCGGCCCCGCCAGCCGGGCGCUGCGGCGCCGUCGUCCAUGGCGAGAGCGUCCGCCGGCCAGCCUGGGUGAAUUGCGUUCGUGCCGGUGUGAUCGACUGCGUGAGUGAGACUGGGGUUCUGUGUGUCAGUGUGUGUGUGUGUUCAGGUCUAUCCGAGAGCAAGCGCUCCUGAACGCCUGAGGCCGCGCCGACAGAAGGGAUCCGGCGAGCGGCGAACCGGCCGGCCAGCCGGAGCGGUACCACGGGGUUGGCCGUCUCCGUGUGACCGUGUCAGAAGAGCACAGCAGCCGGGACACGAGGCCGGCUGCGGGUGACCUCAUCACCCUCUGCAAUCUACAUCACUCACUGGACUUCUGAUGAAAAAGGAGGACAAAACAGGGCCUUUCAGCUUCUGCGCUCAUGUUCUUUCUUCCGUCCUCUGGCACUGGCAGUUCAGAUCCACCCCCCUGCAACUGCAAUUUACUACUACUAGUACUCUACUCUUGCAAUUUUCCCAGCUGGUCUUGCUCCAUGUUCCCCCUUUUCUCCCUGCUCCUGGUCCUGAACUCCUGAUCGUCUA